GGAAGUGGACCGACCAAGAUGGCGUCCCGCUAUGAAGCAGGAAAUACAUUUCUGGCUUGUUAAAACUUCAUUUUUUGAAAGUUUUGGUGGUGAUAUACUUAAUAGCUUAAUAGUUUUGUUUAGAGACGACAGUGGAGAUACAGGCUCUAAAUGGCUGCAAGGAGGCCUGGAUCAGACAUCCACAACACUGGACCCAUCAGCUAUCUGGAUGACGUUCCCUUUAAGCUCAAUGACAAAUUCCGAUGUCCUGCAAAAGUGGGAUUGCCUAUUGGGUUUUGUCUUCCUGAAUGCAACCCAGUGCUCUCUGAAGCACAGCAGUAUGACUUCUCUCUAGAGCGGCGCAGUGUGCAGUGGGGCGAGGAGUUGACCAAGGCCCGCAAGGCCCAGCAGAAGGCGCAGCUGCAGGCUGACAUUGUCUGCACAAACACCAGGAAAAGUGAGCAGACGGCUGUACUGCAGGACCAAAGUGGAGGCCCCGGUGACAGGAAACCAUGCCACCCCUCGGAUGAAAAAGAACCCCCACCUCCAGCGCUUAACCCUGUGCUGGCAGGCCUGAUGCAUAAUGCUAUCCUCACCCCACUGCCAGCCCCCAGUCUUGGUCCUGUACGCCACCCGAGCCCUCCACCCUCACAGAGCCUUAACUUGGCAGACUUUGAACGCGAAGAAGACCCUUUUGACAAGCUAGAACUCAAGACACUGGAUGACAAAGAGGAGCUGCGUAGCAUCCUGCAGGUGCAAUUGGGCACCCCACUCCAGCCCAGGGUAGUGCAAUGCAGCACUGAGCCAGAGCUGGCCAAGCCAGGUGGCUUCCACAAACCCAAUGGUUUGGUGACACUCUUGGAAGUGGACAGGCCUGGAGGCACUCCGGUGGGACAACUGGAGACGGACCGUCCUUGUAACAUCCGCUCACUCACCUUCCCUAAGCUCUCUGACCCUGUUGACUCCUCUGAGUCUAAGAGCUAUAUUCCCAGCCCUGAGUGCAGUCUCCCCAACGGCAUUCCUCCAGGCUUUCCACAGGUGACUUCCCAAAACGAGAGCUGUCAGCAGCACCAUAGCCGCAUGCACAGUGAAACUCUAAAACAGCCUGAUGCCGUGCCUACAGCAGCCUCUCCCCAGUCAGCAUGUGCAGAGCCCACUGAUCGCAUGGCGGGUCGGUGCAGGGCCCUGCUGAGUCUGUCGCCCAGCGAGCGUGAGUGUGUGGAGACCAUUGUGGGAAUGGGCUAUUCCUACGAGGGUGUGCUGAAGGCCAUGCAGCGACAAGGCCAGAACGUGGAACAGGUGCUGGACUACCUGUUCAUACAUAGUCGCCUGUGCGAGCAGGGCUUUGAUGCCAGUACGGUGGAGGAGUGCCUGGAGAUGUACCAGUGUUCCGAAGAAAAGGCUUUGCAGUUUCUGCAACUGAUGACUCGAUUUGGAGAGAUGGGCUUUGAGAGGGACACCAUUAAAGAAGUACUACUGGUACAUAACAACGACCAGGAUAAAGCUCUGGAGGACCUCAUGGCUCGUGCAGCAGCCAGCUGAGAGCUCCAUGGCAUUAGCUUGUUUCCCUUCAAACCCCUUUCUCCCUUUUCUUUAUUCUGUAGCAGAGACCCACAGCCGAUAUGAAUUAUGGGCUGUAUACAGAACAAGACGCAAGACUGGCCUUCUUUAGCUUUCUUUAUUCUUAGAGGUUUGGUGGGGAUAAGCAGCCCAUAAAAAAGUCAGGGAGACUUGUUAGGGCACAUUCAUUUCAUCUGGGGUAAAAAGCUCACUGAGAUGUAGCGCUACACAGCAAACUGACUUUGUUAGCUACAAAGCUGCCAUCGAUUGCUGCUGGACUUUGGCCCAGUGAAGGCUCACAUUGGCUGGAAGCACAUGCAAGCUGAAUUUAAAAGCCCAAGCGUACAAGAGCAUGGAACGGAGAACUCAAAAGUGCCCUUUCUUUGUCUGUGGCUUGUGUUUUAAUAUAAAUUUAACUGUGUGUAGUUUGUCUAAUGUGGCAAACUACUCUUCCUAAUUUUGGACAUUAAUUUCUUUGCUUUUUAUUUUAAGAAAUUUAUGAACUAAUAAACAAUGUCAU